AUGGUCUGCUACAAGCCGUCAACAAGUGUGUUGAUAACACCUGAUAACAAAGACUUCUUCUACAUAUGCCCAAGCCAUCUCAAGGACCGUGGCUUCUGUUCUCCUAUCGGGGCCUCGGAGCAGGAAGCCAAGAAGAAGAAAGAUGAGGAAUUGGCGCAAGAAAUUGAGAAAGUGAAAAAAGAGUACGAAGAAAAGCAGAAGAGGAAAAAGGAGAAGGAGAAAGAAAAAGACAAGGAGAAGAAUGACGAUAAAGAUAAGGAGAAGACAAAGAAUGAGAAGAAGGAUUCGGAGGAGGAGGAUGUAGAGAAGGAGAAGAAUGAUAAGAUCAACGAGCUCCGAAAAGCGGCAGAGACGAAACCGACUGAUGAUGAUUCUCCUCGAAUAUUUGAACUGCACAAGAACUUCUAUCAGAUGCGUAUCAAUCGCCUGCGGAACAUAGAUUUGGCAAAAAGGAAUGCUGAACGUCUCAGGAAUCCGGCUUCGUUCCCAUCUGUCCCCAAGGGAGACUUGUGA